AUGUCUCCGCAGACUCGAGCGACCGCAGCUGCCAAAACUUCAGCUACCAAGAAGAAGGCGACCGGAGCUUCGGCGUCGACACGCGCUCGUGCGUCGAAAGGGUCCUCCAGCAAACCCGCUUCGACGCAGGCUUCUGCGCCUCCUCAGCAAAGCUAUGCCAGCGCACUCAAGGAAUCGAAGGAGCUCGUGCGGAAGGGGAUGCCGAACGCUAGCGAGAAGGAGAUCGCGAUGAAGGCUCGAAAAAUCGUGGCGGAGAUGAGACGGGGGACCGAGGAGUCCAACCAGAUAGAGCGUAGAAACAGUAUCCAAGCGAAGAAGGCGGUGAUGAUGGAAGAGGACGAUGAUUCGGAGGUUGCAGUGGAAGAGGAAGGCCCUGAAGUGCGCACUGAGGCAGUGACCAGCCCUAAGCCUAAGAGGGCAGCAGGGAAAAGUGGAUCCAAGCGGAACGCCACUCAGCUCAGCGAGGAUGACAACGCCGAAGCUGAUCAGGAACCGCCCAGCAAGAAGGUCAAGGCACAGAGUACACUGGCACGGACCGCAACAGAUGCCAACGAUGACAGCACUGCGUCGGUGCCGGCUCCGUCCGCAGCAUCUGCACGCAAGAACGUAGCCUCUGGAGCUACUGAGGAGGAGAAGGACCUUGCUGCACGUCUCCGCGGAAAUGCUGGGAAGGCAGCGCGGCGCGUAUUGGAGAGCUCGGAGGAGAGCAGCCCAGACAAUGGGCAGGGUGGCGAGGUCGAGGAGAGCGAGAUCAGGGACUCAGACGGCAAGUCAGCACCGUCUGAGAGGAGACGCAGUACUAACAAGCCUUCGCAGUCCAAGGGCAAGGAGAGUGCAGCCUCCAGAGCCUCUCAGUCGAAGCGCAAGGCGAGGUCACGGUUCUCCCCCGGCGAACCGACUGAUGUAGAGGAGGACGAAUACCGUCAAUCGGACGCCGAUGCUGAAGGCGAAGAUGAUGAUGAGCAUGAGGUUGACGAGCUGGAGAAGUCCGGGGCUGAAGAGGAGGUCGACGACGACGAGAUCAUCGUCAAGUCUGAGGACCUGACUGGGCCGAAGAAGCGUGCGGCGAAGGGCAAGGGCAAGGGCAAGGGAAAGGCCCGCCAGAGUUCUCCUCAAGCAGCCGGCGAGGACGAGGACCCAUUCGGGUCCGAGAUCAUCAAGAGCUUCAUUUACACCGCUCAGCAAGAGUUCCGGCUGUACCUCGCGCUGGAGAAUGCUUGGCCGCGCGCGAAGAAUGGUGAAAUGGGGAGGACUGCUGGUCCUGAGUUGGUAAUCCAGAGGACUCGCGACAAGUACAAGGUGUUCCAGACGGAGGAAUUCAAGGCCGCAUUUGAUCGGUUGUGGAGCAAUCCGAAGCUGCACCAUGACUUGGCUUACAAGGUCUUCAAGGUCUCCUCGCAGUACCGUCAAGAAAUCAAGCAGAAAGCAAAACAUGUGGUUGAGAAGGAUUUCUUGCACGUGAAGGUGUCCGACCGGGGCCGUGACGGUAAGAGGCUCAACGCCGCAGACAGGGCUGAGAAGCUGGCCAAGGCGACAGAGGCCCGCAUCAAAUGGCUCAAGGAGAAGGACGCUUUCCACCACGGCAACCUCGAAAUGCCUGACCCCGACCUUGACCCCGUGACCUGGGAAGUCAACUUCGACAUGCCCUUCCACAGCGAGACCCUGGCGGAGCUCAUGGCCCGUCAGUGGUGGCUUGGAGCAAACCCCGAGGGAAUGCGUAAGGAGAACCAGGCGCAGUUUGACCUCGGCAAACCACUAUCCAGCAACAUGAUUGCACUUUCGUGCAGUGCGAUACUUGUUGCGCUUGAAGAGGCGGCAAGGGGACAGACCAUCAAUUUCGACGAGAGGCACUACGCUGUCGAGCACGACCGCUUCCAGGCUCGGAUCGACAAGUUCAGGCGGCUCGCCAGCACAGGCGAUCGCGAGAAGCAUGCCGGGGUCAUUGCCUUCGUCAAGUCCAUGGACUCCACGCUGAACAACUAUAUACGUGCGCUCGCAGGAUUGCGUGUCGACGACAGUGACGCUGGCGACGGGAGCCCCGCUGAAGACGAUGAGGACGACGACAUGUUCAACGCGAACUGGGAGAAGAAGACCGCUUCCAGAGCGUAA